CAGCCCGGCCUUCCCAGCGCGCUCGGCUCGGCCCGCGCAGGCGGCGAGCCCCCAUCCCGGGCCCGGAGCCCCCGCGCGGCCCAGUCUCGCGCAGCCUCGGAGCGCCCGCCGCCCCCCGCCCCAGCCUCGGCCCGCCCAGGCCCGCAGUGUGUUGGUGCCUGGUUGCCGUGCCCCCGGGGUAUGACGACCCCCAAUAAAGGAAACAAGGCCUUGAAGGUGAAGCGGGAGCCAGGCGAGAAUGGCACCAGCCUGACGGACGAGGAGCUGGUGACCAUGUCGGUGCGGGAGCUGAACCAGCACCUGCGGGGCUUGUCCAAGGAGGAGAUCGUGCAGCUGAAGCAGCGGCGCCGCACGCUCAAGAACCGCGGCUAUGCCGCCAGCUGCCGCGUGAAGCGGGUGACGCAGAAGGAGGAGCUGGAGAAGCAGAAGGCGGAGCUGCAGCAGGAGGUGGAGAAGCUGGCCUCAGAGAACGCCAGCAUGAAGCUGGAGCUCGAUGCGCUGCGCUCCAAGUACGAGGCCCUGCAGAACUUCGCCAGGACCGUGGCCCGCGGCCCCGUGGCGCCAGCGCGGGGCCCCCUGGCCGCCGGCCUGGGGCCCCUCGUCCCCGGCAAGGUGGCCGCCACCAGCGUCAUCACAAUAGUGAAGUCCAAGACGGACGCCCGGUCGUAGGGACGCGCACUUGCCCAGGCGGGUCUGCGAGGGGCCGUUAGGCGCGUGGCGAAUUCGGCAGCCCUGUCCCCUUCUUCCUCCUUCCUCUCCCCUUCCUCUCCUACCUCUUCUCUUCCCUUCCCUGCGAAGCACAACCUGCUCCCCGGGGCGCCGGGCUGAGCCCCUUGAUCUCGUCGUUGUCAUCGUGUGUUUUGUAUGUUGGGAUUGGUCAGUUCGGCGGUGACGUGGGGUCGCCCCAGCCCCCUUUGUACCAAGGCCACGUGGGCUCGGAAUCCAGAGUUGGCCCUGCGGGAACAGAGAAAGACCGAGCAAGGUGUGGGGCGCCAGUGACCCUGAGCGGGGGGGCUCCGGGGCACGGGGGCCGCUCCCUUCCGAGCGGCCCCCAGGCCCUGACAGCUGCUGGGCUGGCAGGGGGCUGCGUGGGCCACGCGCAGCGCGGCCGGCAGGCGUAGGCAGGCUCUGCUGCGGGGAGCCGGUGUCCUUGAGGGCCCUGGGCCGCCGGGCCGCCGGCUGGGGGGAUGGGCGUCGUGUGGCUGAGGGCCGGGGGCCUUGGUGCGCUCGCCCGACGCAUUGCACUGAACAAGACCGAAUCACUGGGUGCGAGCAUCUGCGAAGGGUGUGCCCGGUGUUCUGCGAUGGGUCCCGUGUCACUGUUUACAUGGCCUGUUUGUGUGGUUGCAUAGCCCUUUAUUUAAAAGAGAGAAGUUUCUUUUACGAAGUUAUUAAAUUAUAUGUUUAAAAGCUAAAGAAAAAAAAAAAAGAGCUGCAGAGUAUUUAUAAAACUGUCUUUUUACAAAAAACAAACAAGAACAUUUGACCAUAUAAAUGGAGAAGGGAAAAUAUAAUAGAAACUUUGCUAGUUUAAAAAAAGAAAAAAAAACAAAAAAAAAUCCCUUUCUUGUAAACUUACAGACAAGUCUUUGUGGCUGUUGGAGUUUAGUUUUUAUAUACACAGAGUUAUCAGAUGUUAUUUAUAAAACUUAGUUUAAAAAAGACAAAAAAAAAAGCCAAGCUGCGAGCGACCAGAAGGCGCGUCCUGCCGUCCUCUUUGCUGACUCUUUUGCAAUUGUACCGAAAGUGACUUACUCCCUCGCCCUCCUGCUUCCGUCCGUCCCUGCCGUGCAGCGUGUCGUGCCUGGUGAGGUCUUGUGCGGCGUCUCGUGCUGGUGCUUCUGGUGACCUUUGACCUGUGGGUGUCACUUCUUGUGUCUGUUUUCCCGUGUUUGUUUUUGGAUUUGGUUGUGUUUUGCUUCUUCUGGCUUGCUGGGCUCACGCCGGGGUGCUGGGCGGGACCUGCUCCAGCAGAGUUUCGGGGAGAGGGGAGGUUCUGUGCCCACCAGCCCGGUCUCUUUGGCCUCAGCCCCGCCCCAGGCCCCCAGGAGGCCCGGCCCUGCCCUGCCGCUCCCAGACCUGCCGCCCUUGGCUCCGCGUGCGUGCGUCAGGCUCAGGCUGAUGCAGUGGCCGGGUAGGUGAGACGGGGACUGUCCCGGGGGGCCCCCACACUACUUCCAUGCCCAGCGCCUCUGGCCUGGGGCCUUGUGGAGACCAGGGAGUCACUGUGGGUGCCCACGGGGCCACCGCCAGCUGCCUGCCCCCACCUGUCUUCCUUCUGGUGUUCAGCCAUCCUGCUCCGGCUCUGGCCGCUGAGCCCAGCUUCGUUCCUCUAGGCUCCACGUGGGCCUCAGCAGGGGCACGCAGGGGCCCACGGACCCCAGAGCUGUGUGUGCUGCGAGGCGGUGCUUCUUCUGCAGGCCAGGUGGUUCUGGGGACUGUCGGGGCGGCCCCCUUGGCCUGCCUCAGGGCCCAGGGUCGCCACCAGUGCCAGAUAAGGGCUGCAUCUCCAGGGCCGGGCCCCGUUCCUCCUCUCCUCUGAACACGUUGGCAGCUCUGGGCUUUGCGCCUUCUUCCGCCUCCCUUUGGGAUCUGUGUCUUCCAGGGAUCCGAUGCUUGGCUGGCAGGGGUACUUGUCUCUGGGGCUGAGCCCGCCUCCCCGUCCCGGUCACUUGCGGGAGGCAGCCGGUCUCCCAGGCGCGCCUGGGAAAGCUCC